AUGAAAAAUACCAGUUGGAUUAGAAAGAACUGGCUUCUUGUAGCUGGGAUAUCUUUCAUAGGUGUCCAUCUUGGAACAUACUUUUUACAGAGGUCUACAAAGCAGUCUGUAAAAUUUCAGUCUCAAAGCAAACAAAAGAGCAUUGAAGAGUGAAGUAAAAUAAAUAUUUGGAAUUACUAA